AUGGGAUGUACAUAUGAAGACUGAUUAUUGUUGGAACCUUAAGGGAGAUUGUUCAUCGAUUGAAGACUCCAGAAAAAGGCACUCAGUCCGUGACGUCACCUUCUCCCGUUUCCAUGACAACAUAAGUGAGCGCGUGUUCCGCGGCGACUCAACGAGAGCUCAGAACCGAAAAAGAUGCCUCGUCCGGCGGUUAUCAUGUGCCUGUUCAGGAAUUGCGCCCAGGUGUCAGUUUAUGUGGGGGAAGACGGUGCGACUUGCGAGACUUUUCCUUAGACAUUCCCUUCUCUCUCGCCAAGGAAUCUUUUGACAUUGAAAGGUUUCUCCGUCACGCGAGAUGGGCCUGAACGCAUCAUGACCCCGAGCCAGGGAAGAGGCCGGACCUUCCAAGUCUUUCGCCACUUUGUCCUUGCUCUGAUCUUCGCUCAUUGGAUAAUGCUGACGUACACCUUCGCCUCCUUUGACGGUGUCUCAGAGGGAUGUAAGGAGUCGUGGAACGUGUCCGUUGUGUUGAUCUCGUGGCGUCCCCCCGCUGUGCGUGUCCACUGGCACUUCAUUCCCACCAACUACUCCGUCGCCAGAUUCGAGCUCACUUACCGUCCACUCAAUGCCAGGUACCGAGUGAUCCACGACAUCCCCGGUGAGCAGCGGUCCCUGGUUUUGGAGCGCCUCCAGCCGGCCACCGAGUAUCAGCUGUAUUUGGUGGCAUUCGCCCUCUCCGGUCAGCCCACCAACAUCAGCGGAAAAGUGCACUUCGUCUCGCCCGAUGCCACGCAGAACGACAGUUGGAGUCAGAAGGGUGAUCCGUCGCAGUUGGAAGAGGAGACGCCCACCCCCUUCACAGUGCGCGAGGAGGAGGUGGUGAUAGUGGUGCUGGUGCUGGCUGUCUGGGUGUUUGUCAUCGUGCUCUUCUUCAAUAAGUGGGGCAAGAUCCGGAUGCUGGAGCCGUAUCAGCCGCAGUACCACUCACACCCCGUCAUCGCCAAGCCCAGCCGCCUACCCCUCAACGACGCCCUUGCACCCCUCGAGCGGUUCAAUCUGGAGUUUGGAGCAGCCAACACGCCAUAUCACCUGCAUAAGAUGAGGCCUCGCCAGAACUCUGUGUUCGUGGGCAGCCCCUACAGAAGCAGGAGUGGAUCCAUGCUGUCGGAACCGCGCAUGCCAAGAAAGGUGAAGAGCGCCGAAGACCUCAAGUCCCUCGUCAUUCAAGUGGGGGAUCGCACUUUGCAACAGUCCACCGCCCUGUGAUGCAAACCACCUUGCAAAACUUUUUUGCUACACCGUCAUUCGAAGGAAUUGGAAAUACAGUUUUUUAGAUGAAACAAACCCAACGUCUCGCUUGCUUACUGACUUUUUAUCUAGAUGGCGAGUUUGAAUUCUGAUACUGAAGUUGUACAACAUGGCGCAGACUUUUGCGUCUAGUUUCCAAAGAAGUAUUCAUAUGUUUUGCUGAAUAUAUACAUAUAUAUAUUGAAAUUGCCUUGAUAGUGAAUAUAUACAUAUUUUUCAGCUAUCGGAAAUCUUCACUACAGAUUAGUUGCUUCUGAUUUUUAUGUAUUCAUGCUUAAAUUCUCAUUCCUGGUAGAGAGCAUUUCACUUAUUCAUUUAUAUUUCAAUUAGAUGUGUAAAAAGUGGUUUUCCAGAGGACAGAAUUUGUUAUGAGAAGACAAACCUUUUGUAACGUAAAAUUUGUUCGUGGAUUUGUUCACUUUGUCGUUUUAAAAGAUUGAAUUCAGAUUUUAUAAUAGCACUAUUCGAGUAAUAAUACUUAAAAACACGAAGCCUACCAUCAUUACUCACAGGCGAAAUCUAGUUUAUAUUGCUUUAUAUAUUCAGUCUUUUAAUUAUCAAUAAAAACAUAAAAUAGAUAGUAUAUUUUCUUUAACUCCUUCGCAUACAAUGACAUAUCUGAUUCGCCAAGAGGAGUCAUAGAAUUUUUUUAUUUUAAAUUUGCAAUAAAGUGAAAGUAUUAAGUAAUUUAAAAGGCAAAAAUCGAUUAAAAAACUCUUUAAUAGUUCAAAUACCCCUUAUAUUAAUAUUAGAAUUUAAAUAACAAUAAAUGUCCCAAAUAGGAUAUGGCAUCUAAUUUAGAAGUUAAGUGAAUUCAUAAAUUAAGAUGUUAAACAUUAACGUUCUUGAUAUCAGUUAAUUUACUUAUUUUAUAUCCGCCGAUUUAAGGUAUUAAAAGUAUGUAAGGCCUUAUUGGAAUAAAGCCAUUGAAUCUCGUUUCAAUUUCCGAGUCUAGCGAGUUAAAGUAAAAAUACUCUAAUUUUUUAAAAGAAAAUAUUAAAAGACUAAAAUUACAAAAUAUUUGUCAGUUUCAGUCCUUAACUUUGCAAAGAGUUUAGCAUUUUAUUAUCUGAAUAUACUCUCAUCCAGGAUAAAACAAUAAUGGGGGAAAGUUUAUUUUAUUUUCAAGAUGAAGUUACAUUUUAAUACAUAAUUUUUCAAAAUUUAUUGAAUGAAAGACAGCCUUAAUAAAAAAUUUCGAAAUUAUUAUUGGAGAUCCAAGUAAUUACAAAUCAAAAAUCGGCACAAAAAGGAAUGAAUGUAAAUAUUACAUUCAGAAUAUUUAUAAUAAACAAAUCCAUGAGCAAAAUGUUUCUAAAGAAAAUUCCAGUGGGGAUGCACUUAAGUCGCAAUUAAAUCUACUUUCUUCCAUUUUCUGGGAAAUGAUUUACAGCAAAAAAAUACCUUUUUGCCAUUAAAGAUAUUUUUUAACUUAUAAAAUUUUAGCUUUUUCACUUGCAGAUUUAAUCUCAACAAAAUUCAGAAAACAGAGUUGUUUCAUUAUUGUGCUUUUUUUAAAAAUGACAACUGAAAUGAUGAACUUGCUACUAAAAUAGACAGCUCUCGGUGGUCUAAAAUAAUUCGAAAAUUGAUUUAAAAAACAGGGAUUCAAAGUUUAAUGGAUUAUCUGGCAAAUAUGAAUUAUCUUUUCUCACACCUUUUUCUGCGACACAUGCAGACAUCUGAUUAAUGAAGAAGAAACUCGUGAGCUUUCAUGCAAAUUCUGCUGACAAACAAAUUUUAUGAACCGCCGAAUUUGAAUGAAUGUAUCAGGCUAUAGAAUAGAUAUUCACAUCAUGAUCUUUAUCAUACAGAGAAUGUAUGGCUUCAUCCCCUGUGCCUUUCAGUUUGACAGCCCAUUCAGUUACUCUUUCAACAGACCUUCCGAAUUUCAAAAUACUCGAUCGGUAGAAUUAAUGCAUCUCCGAAUGCAGCUGCAUUCAGGUUGAAAAGCUUCCAACAAAAUUUUACACAAAUAUUUCUAAUCAAUUGCAUUUUAUCUUUGUGCAUACUUCUAACAUGUAAUUCAAAAUCAUGUUUUCCGCUUGAAACAGCACGAUAUUACACUGACAAGCAGAAUAUUGAUGUAAAUUUCAGGAGAAUUGGGAAACGAGUAAGAUUUAUAUUACGAUUUUGAAUUUCGUAGUCUAUUUAUAAAUCUGCAAGUGAUAAAUUUAAAUUUUUACCUUAUUAUUUUUUUAUGUGAUGAAAGAAAAAAAAGUAUAAAUUCUUAGAAAUCACGAGCAAGAAUUUAACAUAAUAACAAAACAUAAUUCUUUUCAUUUUGGUGUUAUUUUCUUGAUUGAUUGUGUAACAUAUAAUUGAUGGCUGCUUGAAUUGACGGAGUGACGAAAGGUACGAAACGCUUCACCACAAAACGUAUCAAAUUUUCCAACGUGGCUUAGACUGAUAGAAAGAGUUCCAUAAAAUCAUAAACGUCUUUCAUUUUAAAUACAGUAGAUUUACUAAACAGUAUAUUGACUAUUGAUGUUUAAAACUGUUUGAAGCUGUUUACGGUUAAUCUUUAGAAUUUGGUACUGUCCUUUAGACAAAUUUACAAGACUUUCGCCAACCAUUUGGAUGGCCACAAGCCAUUAAAUAUUAGCAGUAUUAUAUUUAAUACGUCAUUUGAUGAGUUAUUGCACGAAAAAAAAAUUCAUCUUUGGUUGCAGUACCAUCUUCUUUAGUCUAACCGCAAUCCAAUUUUUUUCCCUAAAAGUUUCCGGAUAUAUUUUUGUAGACAUUAUAAAAAUCACCAGAAGGGACUAUAGUGUUCUUACCAAUGGAAGAAUGCAAACUAUAUAUAUAUAUAUAUAUAAAUCUAUUUCAUGCAUUUAUGUCUGUCAAAGUGAAGCUGAAUUUUUCAGAAAUUAGUGAGAAUGUCUGCUGAACCCAUAUUCACGGGCAAUUAUUUGAUUUCACAAAUACAAUUUAUGAUUACUACUUAUUCAAAUUUGAGCUAUUUAGUAUAUUUACAGUGAAACUUGGCUAAUUCAAAACUUCUAACCUUUUCUCUGGUCCCUAAAAUUUCGCCUUAAGAUAACGUUAAAAUGGCAAUUGUCAUUCAGAUAUAUUUUUGUUCAUUUGAAAUCAAAGGUAAAAAUUAGAAUUUUAUUAUAUGUCUUUUUUAUUCUUAUUGUUUUCUUUAAUUAACUAAGCUUAUACCUUAUUUCCUUGGUAGUCGUUGAUGGAUAAUGUUUUAAUGCCGUGUACUCUACAAAGGCAAAAUUUAUUUGAAAAAUAAAUUCUCACUUUGAAAACAUUCAA